UGUAUCUCUCUCUCUCUCUCCCUUCCACCUAACGGAAAUUAACGGAUCAAAUCGCAACUUCAUUUUCUGAUUAUGAUCUUCUUUGCAUCUCUUCAUCUUUAGUCUUCAUUAACGUUUUGUUUAAUUGCAUUCUUUAACAUGCAUGACGUUUGAUCCCUAUUGAUCUUUUCUUUGUGGAUCAAUAAGGCUUACAUUCUGCAAAUCUUGUGCAUAAAAUGGGAAUUCUUCAUUCAGAUUCAAUGUGAAAUUCCAUCAGCAAGUUAUGAUUUUUACUAUUACAAAUUGUUUGACACGUUCCAUUUUAUGCAUUUUUUACCAAUUUCAAGAAUUUAAAUUCCUUAUACUAUUAAAAGAUUUUGAACGUUAAUGUGAUAUUUCAAGAAUUUUUAGCCUUGCCUUUAUGACUGAAUUAACAAGAUAAUGCCAAAUAGACCAUUGAAAAAACAUGUUAUAUAGAGAUGGUGGAGAGUGAUUUGAGUAAAGAGAAUAUUGAGGAGAGUAGUAGAAGUGACAACUUAUGGAGUAAAGAUUCAGGUUCAGGUUGUCAUAGGGACCCUUCUUUUUCAGGUUGGUUUGAUGAAAAUGGCACUCUUCAUUCAGCUCAAUUAGUCAAUAGACAUAAUAUUGGUGUAGAGGAAUUUGAUUUUGUAUCUAUAGGCACAGAGACAAACCAAAGUAGUAGUAAUUUUAAGCAUAGAAUGAGGGGUGGUGGUGAUUUUGGUAGUAACUCUGUAGGGAGUGGAGAAGAUAGGUAUGUUCCAUUUGAUGUAGAGAAUGGUUCCUCGAGUCAUCGAGGAUCUGUCGAUGAUGGUGAUGGUGAUGAUGGCGAUGAUGAUGACGAUCACUCAGUCUUCUCGGAUUACCAUGACACGCCACAGUCAAAUUCAAAGAAUGCUGCUAUUUCAGAAGUUGAUAUGUUGAAGACAUUUUUCUUCAUACUUGUAUGGUAUAGCGUCAGUUUGUUCUUGACAUUGUACAAUAAAACUCUUCUCGGUGAUCAUCUAGGGAAGUUCCCUGCUCCUUUACUGAUGAACACUGUCCACUUUGCAAUGCAAGCCGUUUUGUCCAAGGCCAUUACUGGCUUCUGGUCCCAUAGAUUUCAACCUACAGUAAUGAUGUCUUGGAGAGACUAUUCUUUGAGAGUUGUACCGACAGCUCUCACAACGGCAAUGGAUGUCAACCUCAGCAAUGCAUCCCUUGUUUUCAUCUCUGUCACAUUUGCCACUAUGUGUAAAUCUGCAUCUCCCAUCUUUCUCCUGUUCUUCGCGUUUGCUUUCAGGUUGGAGUCUCCAAGUUUAAAGCUGAUGGGGAUCAUCUUGAUCAUUUCUGUUGGGAUACUAUUAACAGUUGCAAAGGAGACAGAAUUUCAAUUUUUGGGAUUCGUCUUUGUUAUGCUUGCUGCAGUUAUGUCUGGGUUUCGCUGGACUAUGACUCAGAUUCUUCUGCAGAAAGAAGUCUAUGGUCUAAGAAAUCCACUCACACUAAUGAGCUAUGUUACGCCAGUAAUGGCUCUUUCAACUGCUGUGCUGUCCCUUAUUUUUGAUCCGUGGUAUGAAUUCGGAAGCACCAAAUACUUUGACAGCUCAUGGCAUAUAGCUAGAAGUUGUUUGCUGAUGCUCUUUGGUGGAACUUUGGCUUUCUUUAUGGUGUUGACGGAAUAUAUUCUUGUGUCUAUCACAAGUGCAGUAACAGUAACAAUAGCGGGAGUUGUAAAGGAGGCGGUCACUAUCUUGGUUGCUGUAUUUUACUUCCACGAUGAGUUUACCUGGAUGAAAGGGCUAGGUCUCAUGACCAUAAUGUUUGGUGUCAGUUUGUUUAACUGGUACAAGUAUGACAAAUUACAAAGAGGUAGCACAGGUGAAGAUGAAAUGCCUGGAUCACCCUUAGGAAAUGGAGCUGCUAAGUAUGUUAUACUUGAAGAAAUGGAAGAUCAAGAUCACGGUCGUCCUUGAAAUUUUCAUAUGACAUUAUCUGCAUUGACGAGUGUAGCAAGCUUCUGAUCUGAUGAAGUCUUGAAAUAACUAAAUAUGGGCAAUUGGAGGUUAUCACUAUCUUCCUCAAAGAGGAACAAUUGCCAUAUAUAUGUGCAAAUGGAACUAAACUCUAAAGUAGAAGCAUCUGCGGACGCGUCUUUCUUGGACUUAAACUCAUUAAAUUAGAUGAACUGAAAGUCCCCUUUACUCUCUUGAAUAGUUUUGGGAUUUCAUUUUUUUCUAGCAGCAGAUAGUUUGUUUCUUUGUUUAGUUAUUAGAAAGUAAUGGGAUUUUGCUUAAGGUUUCUUGUCAUGCUUUUUUAGCAUGUAAAAUUUGAACUUGCAGCAUCAGAUUGCUUUGGGUUUU